AGCGAGGGCGGAAAGUCAGAGUCGCGCUCCCGACAGCGGAUGCUCCGCAUCACCGAGCAGAUCAAGAUCGAGCAGGAGGCUCGGGAUGACAACGUGGCCGAGUACCUGAAGCUGGCCAACAACGCGGACAAGCAGCAAGCCUCCCGUAUCAAGCAGGUUUUCGAGAAGAAGAACCAGAAGUCGGCGCAGACCAUCGCGCAGCUGCACAAGAAGCUGGAGCACUACCACAAGAAGCUGAAGGAGAUCGAGCAGAAUGGCCCUUCCCGGCAGCCCAAGGAUGUCUUCCGGGACAUGCACCAGGGUCUCUGCGGUCCCCCCAGCCUCAUCCGGAACAAGUUCGGCAGCGCGGACAACAUCGCCCACCUGAAGGACACGCUGGACGACGGGCACCCGGAGGAGGCUUCGCGGGCUCUCAGUGGCAGUGCCACCCUGGUCUCCAGCCCCAAGGGCCCCCCCAGCCUCAUCCGGAACAAGUUCGGCAGCGCGGACAACAUCGCCCACCUGAAGGACACGCUGGACGACGGGCACCCGGAGGAGGCUUCGCGGGCUCUCAGUGGCAGUGCCACCCUGGUCUCCAGCCCCAAGUACGGCAGUGACGACGAGUGCUCCAGUGCCACCUCCGGCUCGGCUGGUGGCAGCAACUCAGGGGCAGGACCCGGCGGCUUGGGGAGCCCCAAGUCCAACACGCUGGACAGCCACCACAAUAACUUCGACACCAUCCUGGAGGAGCUCCGGGAGAUCAAGGACAGCCAGUCGCACCUGGAGGAUGCCAUGGAGGACCUCAAGGCCCAGCUGCAGCGGGAUUACACCUACAUGACACAGUGCUUGCAAGAGGAGCGGUACAGGUACGAGCGUCUGGAGGAGCAGCUGAAUGACCUCACCGAGCUGCACCAGAACGAAAUGACCAACCUGAAGCAGGAGCUGGCCAGCAUGGAGGAGAAGGUGGCCUACCAGUCCUACGAGAGGGCACGGGACAUCCAGGAGGCGGUGGAGUCCUGCCUGACGCGGGUGACCAAGCUGGAGCUGCAGCAGCAGCAGCAGCAGGUGGUGCAGCUGGAAGGGGUGGAGAACGCCAACGCCCGGGCGCUGCUGGGCAAGUUCAUCAACGUCAUCCUGGCCCUGAUGGCCGUGCUGCUUGUCUUCGUCUCCACCAUCGCCAACUUCAUCACCCCGCUCAUGAAGACCCGCAUGCGCAUCCUCAGCACCGCCCUGCUCGUCCUCUUCCUCUUCUUCCUCUGGAAGCACUGGGACUCCAUCACCUACUUUCUGGAGCACGUCCUGCUCCCCAGCUGAUCCGCAGCCCAGCCGCUGCGGCCCCAGGGGCUUUCCAUUUCCCGCAGAGGAGAGGGCCGGGGGGACGGUGGUCCAAAGCCUUCAGGUUGUUUCUUCACACGCUCGGUUCGGUUGCUUUCCC